UGCACGCCGGUCGAAAGCUCCGAUGCCACUCUGCGAACACAGGAGUCUUCCACAAGUAGAUUCUCACUGGAGAAAACCAAGACAACAUGUUCUGUAACUCUUCCUUUACCACUUGAUUCUCCCGCAGUGUGUUUUUGUUUGGAUUAAGUUUCCACCUCAUUUCGAGGGACACGGUCGGUGUGGGGAAACAUGAGAAUAACUGUCGGUUGCCGUGGAUGAUGAUGUCCCACCAUGAACGCAGAUUUUCAAAAUCCACUACAAGUCCCUCGACCAAAGGUCCGCAGUCAUCUGACCAUCAAAGUGCAGUCCAAACUGAUGCCCAGGCCGUGUCCCCCUGUCCAUGGUCCAAAACCUCCUGUCGCCCCCAAGCCUAGGCCCCUGAUUGGGCAUCCCCCACACAGGGAGCCCUGCCCCCCCCAGAGCCUGAGUAACGGAGACCUGGACCACUCUGAUGGGGAGACAGAAGAUCUCCAUAAAAUGGCUGAGGAGAAUCAGGACAAAGAGGAGAAAAAUGAGGCAGAGUGUGGAGUAAAUGACAAUGGCACUGGGCACAAUGACAAAGAGGACAUAGUAGAAGGAGAAACUGACAAGGAAACAGAAAAAGAUGUAGACAGAUUAGAUAAUGAUGGCGACAGCUUUGGCUCAGAGGACACAAUCAAAGCAGAGGAUGGUUCUACUGUUGACACUACUGAAGAUGAAAACACUGACAAUGACUUGAACCAGCCUGAAGGUGGCCAUCCCACUGAUGAUGAAAAUACAUCAGCGCCUUCACUUCCUCCUGCUGAAAUGGAGGAUGAAACAGGAGAGGAGGAAGAAGGGGAGCAACAGAUUUGUAGUGAAAAGACUGAAACACUUUGCGGCUAUACAGGUCACUCAGACAAACAUGUAGAGAAAGAAAACAGUGAUAAACCACAAUCACUGAGUCUUGGUGACAAGGACAAUGAUACUGGAUUUAAUGAAGUGGACAGUGGACAAAGUGAGGAUUGUGCACACUGUCCAGACGAGACUGAGCUGGAAGCUGGAGGAUUUGCGUUUGGAUUCAGCGUGCUUCCCACUGUAACUGAGGAGUAUCCCUAUGAUGUGAUUGGCCCCACAGAUGAUGCUAGUGAUACAUGUGAGUCAUGUGACCCAGCUGAAACAGGGGAUACAGAGGUAUGGCAACCAGAACGGGCCACCAAGGACCUCUCUGGUUGUUUUCGAUUCACAUCCAGCACUGAGGAUGUGUUUGGGCCUUAUUCAGUCAUUGAAGCUCUUCCCGAAGAUAUGGCUGACACUGCUGACCCAGAGUGGAGUCAGGAUGAUACUGAUGACAAACCUUCAAAUGAACCUCAAACAGCAGGUGCUUCUAACCUGGAACCUUACUAUGUGUCAGCAGAUGAUGUGGACCAGCUAGAUGAUAAGCAAGCCCUCUCAGAACAGGGUGAGAUUGAGGAGGGCACCGAGCAGUUGAAUCAGCACAAAGACAAAGCAAAGGAGAAUGAGUCAGCAGAUGAGUAUGCAGACAUUGACGAUUCACUCUGCACUAAAGCAGAUAACUUUGAGCAGCUGGAGUGUGUCUCAUCGGAGGAUUACGUCGAGAUAGGCGAUGACGACGAAGAGGAAGAACCGGAAAAGAAACACGUCAAAGGAAAAAGUGCAAAAGAGAGAACAGCUAAACGAGAGCAGGCUGUCAUCAGCCAGCGAGCAAGCUGCCAGCCUCGCCUCAGGUUGUGCAACAUCACAGUGCCAGCAGACCUAGACCUGGGUCGCACCCCAGAGCUCACCAACAGGGUGGUGUUUGCCCACACCACUGAGGCCUUUGAAGAAGACAUUGAGGAACUGGACUGCCACAUUGUGCCUUACUAUGAAGACACAGACUCAGACAGUGAAGAGCAUAUAUAUGAAGAGGCGGGGUUUGACUCAGAAGGGGAAAAUUUUGUGACACUUGAUCGGAAGACUAUUGUCACACGAUCACGCUCUUAUUCUGGGAAAGUUCCAGGUUAUGUCCCAGAAACUGUACCGGAGGAGACAGGGACAGAAUACCAGACUCAUGACUACUGCACAGUGGCCUUGGAUAAGAGUAAUGAACCAUUUAGCCAUUCACAGCAGCCUGGGGUCAACCAUUUGAUCCCAUCUAUGAAGUCUCGCCGCUUCAUGUUAUAUUCCCGGUCCGCAGAGGGUCCAGAAUUGUGCUUGACCACUCCCACUGAGAUCAGCCAAUCUCUGAAGGAUGACAUCAGGAUGAAGAGGAAAGAUGAUACCCUUUCACUCCCAUGUGUCAUAACCUCUUCUGGAAGCUUCUCCCAGCGUAGCCAUCAAUCAUCCAGUGGUGUUUCCACACCAACCUCUCUAGUGGACAUCCCACCACCGUUUGAGCUGGCAUACAUCACUAAAAGACCAGUCACCAAGAGUUCCCCAUCCCUCCUGAUCCAACAUGAACCCAAUGACGUACCUAAGAAGAAGAAGUCCUCCUUCAAGCGCUUUCUGGCACUUAAGUUCAAGAGAAAGACAGAUUCAAAGGCUUUCAGCGAUGGAAGUGUCCGCUCUUCACGUUCUUCCUCCGAGUCCAGCCACCAUGGCCCAGUAAGAGUCAUAGAGCUUGAUCGCAGAAGCACUGGCAGCUCUCCUCAGCUUCAGUCCCACAUGGUGAACCCCCCGCAGCGUACUUUAGACUUGCCAUCCACCUUUGUCCUCUACAAAGACCACCAGAGGAGGAAAGGUGACCCCAAAGCUUUUAGCAGGGGUGUCUCUAGAGUGGAGUCCUUUGAGGAGCGAUCUCGGCGUUCCGUCAUGUCGCUGCCUUUGACCAAACCCCGCUCCAUCUCCUUCCCCAGUGCAGACACCUCUGACUAUGAAAACAUCCCAGCCAUGAGCUCUGACUAUGAGAACAUCCAGAUCCCAGGCAGACCCAUCAGAUCCCACACUGUGACUGAGUUUUUUGAGGACCCAAACCGUAAUACAGUUUCCUGUAAUGAGAAUGAUGGCUAUGUGGAUAUGAACAGUUUCGCUGGGAUUGACAGCAAACCCCAGACAUCAAAAGCAGACACUGAAAGUGCCUACACAGAGCCUUUCCCAAUGAACCACAUCUCCGCUGGACUGUCAGCUGACGAAGACCACGGGCGUACCUCAGAGGAGGAAGAGUGGGUGGCGGAGCAAAGUUAUGAUCGACAGAUUGAUGGCCGAUCCCGUGCAUUCUACAUUGCCAAAGAGCUCGUCGACUCAGAGAGACUACAUGUCAGCGCCCUCAAGUAUCUUCAAGAGGACUUUAGGUCAGCAGUGACAGAGGCUGAGGGUGAGGAAGGGAAGCCUGUGCUGGAGGAGCAGAGGUUAGGAGAGAUAUUGGGCGUGCUGCCCCAGGUCUACACCCUCCACAGCAGCAUCCUUGCUGAGCUGGAAGAACGCAUUACUCAGUGGGAGGAGAGCCAAAGGGUAGCUGAUGUGAUCCUGUCACGUCAGGAGGACUUUGGGGUGUUUGACACCUAUAUCUCCGAGUAUGAUCGCAGCAUGUCCUUACUGGAGGAGAGCUGCAGGAACAACCAGGCCUUCGCCAGCAUCGUCAAGAAAUUUGAGACAAGAAGCCCAGAAGAAGCUGAAGUCCCACUGAAACACCAGCUGCUGCAGAUUAUAGUGAGGGUACUUCAAUAUCGAAUGCUGCUCACAGAUUACCUGAACAACCUCUCUCCUGAUUCUAAAGAAUAUGAGGACACACAAGCUGCCUUGGUGAUCGUGUCCGAGGUGGCUGACCAGGCCAAUGACAAUCUGAAACAGGGGGAGAACUUGCUGCGUCUGGUCCACAUAGAGUACAGCGUGAAGGGCAAGAGGGACCUCCUGAAACCCGGAAGGAUGUUUGUCAAAGAGGGCACACUCAUGAAGGUCUCAAGGAAAAGCAGGCAGCCCCGACAUCUGUUUCUGAUGAAUGAUAUAAUGCUGUACACCUACCCUCAGCAGGAUGGGAAAUACAGGCUUAAGAACACACUUUCUCUGUCCGGGAUGAAGGUGAGCAAACCUGUCCUAGACAAUGUGCUGAACUGUCUGAGGAUUGAGGUGUCUGACAUCACUAUUACACUCUCAGCCAGCUCAGUUGGAGAGAGGGAGGACUGGUUCCACACAUUGAGUCGAGCCAUAGCAGACCAUGCUGCAGGACUCUGUACGUUUGGUGGACCCUGCAGUGAGGCCCGGGAGAAGUUGUGGAUGGCUCUGGGUGAGGCUGCUCCUGUACUGGUGCCAGUUUCUCAUGUGAUGAUGUGCAUGAACUGUACCUCUGACUUCAGCCUCACGCUGAGACGACACCACUGCAACGCCUGUGGCAAGGUGGUAUGUCGUGCUUGUUCCAGGAACAGAUACCCACUGAAGUACCUCAAAGACAGGGUGGCCAAAGUAUGUGACCAUUGCUAUGCUGAGCUCAGGAAAAGAGGUGGUAGUGUGUCGGGGGCGUGCGGUAACUCCAGCCCUCGGACUCACCGGGCCAGCCGUCCCCUCUCGGCUGUAUUUCAGAGCCUGCAACCGCCUAGUUUGUGGAAGAACAGGAAGAGCACCUCCCCUCUCAACCAGGUGACACUUGCCGUGGAAGGCUCUGCCAUGAGCGGCAGUCUGCAGCGCCGGAAGAAGAGCAAAAGGAAGUGGAAGCGGCUGUGGUUCCUCCUCAAAGACAAGGUGCUCUACACCUUCACAGCCUGUGAGGAUAAAGUGGCUUCAGAGAGUCUACCUCUGCAGGGCUUCACUGUCAAGCUGAGUGAGAGGCCAGAGGGAGAGGAAAGCAGUAACGUGUUCCAUCUUUACCACAAGAAAACUCUGUACUACACCUUCAGGGCCGAAGAUCAACACACUGCACGCAGAUGGGUCAAUGCCAUGGAGGAGGCUACUGUUUUAUAGCACCUGCUCAUAUAAUUGAACACACCCUGCUGUCUGUGACUGCUACAACUCCCUCUGUGGAACACAACAUAGCUACCUGCUGCAUCUUAUCUCUGACCAUCAGCAGGGAUUCAUCAAGUCCGACCUGUUGUGGAAUAUUAUGUGGCAAUGUAAUCACUAGGAGGAUCUUAGACAAGGCUGCCACCCAGUGGUAAGGAGAUAAAACUGGGGGGGAGUUAGAGGGAUGUUAAUAUGUGGAAAUCUCUGGUUGGAUCUAACAUUGUGAAAAUCCUUUGGUUCCCAAUGUGCUGAUCCAGCCGCGUUCACAGGAGCCUUCACUUUUUAGGAGCAGCUUGGACAUAUCAAGUGCUUCACUGAAAAAUUGAAUUCCCUCUUUGCCUUUUUUCGAGGACCAUCCCGCAUAAGAUUGUCCUUCCUUUCCAUUUUUCUGUAUUUUGGUGUCUUUUACCUGAGGUUCCACUGGAUUGUUAAACCGGUUUGGUUCAGCAGGAGAACAUUACAUCCUGCAUUUAUAUAUUAUACAUGAGACAUUUACUGCCUGUGUCUGGUGAAAGGUAUAACAUCACUUGGCAAAAAUAUCAAAAGCAAACUUCGCUCCAUAGUAGUAUUCACAGCUAGUAAAAAGGAAAAUAUUGGUCACCGUUUUAGAGAGAAAUUUGGUAUUCUGAAUAUAUAUUGUGAAGUAUACACUGCAAAUACUGAAGUGAAUUAAGUGAUUUGUUUGUAUAGAAAUGAUGUUACAUGAUGUUCUGAAUUAGAGGUCAUUUCAAUUAUCACCGUGUGUGUGUACAUUAUAUUUGUGGCAUUUGACACAGUGUUACUCUUGUAUUGAGUCUACAAGGCUGUGGAAUGACCCUCAGCAUGACAGCCACUCGGCCCAGUUCUUCUGGAAGGAUGAAAACUUUCAAAGACAGCUUGAAUUUGAAUCUGUACAGGUUUUGACACAUUUGUCGCACAGUUCUGAAGUGCCAGUUGAUUUCUUCUAGUUGAAUGCAGCGCAAUUUGCAAUUGAUGAAUGUGCCUGAUAUGAAAUUGUACUCCUUGUUUGUCUUCAUGUUAUCACAGUACUGUACUACUGUCAUGUCUCCAGAAGAGACAUUGAUAACAUUUGCUUUUUAUCUACUCUUAAUAUAUAUACUACUAAUACUAAUGCUACUAGUAAUACUACUAGUAUUUUGAACAAUUCAUUUACAGUCCAGCAACAUAAGAACAUACUCUUAUGCAAUUUUUAGUGAGGCCUUUUUCAUGCUGUAUGUACACUGCUGGGUAAAUCAUACUUUAACCACUUAAAUCAUACUUUAACCACUUUGACUUACUGGAAACUGCAAAGAAGCCAUUGUCAUACUGCCUAUAGACUGUCAGUGUUAGAGUCAUCUGAGCCGCUCAUAUAUUCAGCAGUAGGGAGGACACUGGAGUUUCACUCUUAUCUACUGUUCUGACAUAGACAUAGUAGAUAGUUUCUCUUAAAUAACCUACCUAAAGGCAUUAUCCGCUCCAUUCAGAAAGCAGCUGCACUACAUGUAUUUCACUCCAUCAAAGGGCAUUAUUUCUAUAGCACACAUUGGUUCAUCAAGUAUUGUUCAGCUACCUGUUUCUUAUGUGCCAUGCCUAUAGUGUUAUAAUAGACUGUACUUCUUGCAUAUAGUGCAUUGUAAAUGUUUAUGUAUAUAGCUACAUAUAAAAAUAAACUCCUUUAAAAAGUGUA